AUGAUCUCAUGGUCUAUAGAGUUGUCAGAAUACGACAUCAUCUAUGAACCGCGACAGGCAAUUAAAGCCCAAGUAUUAGCAGACUUCUUGGUUGAAAUGACACAUUUACAUGAGGCUGAGGACAACGUCGAUUGGAUCAUUUACGUCGACGGAUCUUCCAAUAUCAAGGGAAGUGGUGCAGGAAUAAUAGUGGAAAGCCCUCAAGGUAUUACAGUGGAACACUCUAUCCAUUUUGGAUUCAAAGCUUCAAACAACCAGGCUGAGUACAAAGCAGUCCUCGCAGGACUCGCCAUGGCCAAAGAAUUGGGGGCAACAAAUAUAAAUCUCAAGAGUGAUUCACAAUUAGUAACUGCUCAAGUUCAAGGAAGCUACCAGGCCAAGGAGGCAUUAAUGAUAAAAUAUCUGGAAAAAGUGAGACUCCUACUGACAGAAUUUUGA